CUACAUAGCCACUGACUUUCAAAUAGCUGCUCUAGACCUUGUAGGUUCUUCCUGUGUUAGCUUCAUGCUAGUCACCCUCCAUUCUGCUACAAUUUUACAACAAUCUAACAAGAUGUCUGGUGCAGAUGUCUACGCUAAAGUCAAGGUCACUCGGAAACCAGGCCACCAAGCAGCUGCUAAACUGUGUGCAGGAAGGGAAGACGAUGUCACCUAUGCUACAGUGAAGUUUGCAGAAGCUCCAAGCUCCCAGCAGCAGCAGCAGACAGACCCCAGCCGCACAGCGGACCCCACCCCGCCUGUGAGUGCUGCUGGCAAAGCCUCUUCAUACAGACAGCCUGCACUGGUCUUCCUCAUCCUGUGCUGUCUCUUACUGGCUGCCAUCAUCUCCCUCGCUGUCUAUCUUUUCAGAGCUAAAGACACUGAGAAAUACACCAGCCCGUCCACAAAUGAUUCAUCAUUACUGAAUCAGCUGCAGCACAAUAACAGGCUCAGUGAAACUCAUUCUGAGCUGCUGAAGCAGGGUUGUUCUUCAGAGAAGUGGAUGCAGUCCAAUGGAAAGUGCUACUACUUCUCAACUGAUAAAAUGGACUGGAACUCCAGCCAUGAUAACUGCACAUCAAUGGGGGGGCACCUGGUGAUUAUAGAGGGCGAGGCAGAGCAGAUACUGGUACGGUAAGGAGCCUAGUGACGAUAAGGAAGGUUGGGACUCGUCCGGGCAGGAUUGUGCAGACCUUAUGUACAUGUCAGAUACCCUCAAAGUCUGGUUUGAUCAAUCGUGCACACAGCAACCCAACAGAAGGAUUUGUGAAACCAUGGCAGUGAUAAUCAAUAUAUAAAACAAAAGUGGGUCUGUUUCACUUUGUCUCUCUAUUUAGAUAGCAAACAGGCUACAAAAUGAAUGCCACAGGUUACUUACAUUUCACUUUAUAAACUAUGGUAUCCAAGUAUUUGGAUAAAAUAUAUAAAAAAUACACAUAAAAAAUCAAACCAUAGCUUUUAUAAAGAGUUUGUUGAUUCAAAUGUCAUUUUGAUAUAUAUAUAUACACUACCGGUCAAAAGUUUUAGAACACCCCCAUUUUUCCAGUUUUUAUUUAAAUUUAAGCAGUUCAAGUCCAGUGAAUAACCUGAAAUGGUACAAAGGUAAGCGGUAAACUGCCAGAGGUUAAAAAAAAAAGUUUAGGUUACCAAAAACUGAAAAAUAAUGUACAUUUCAGAGUUAUACAAAAAGGCCUUUUUCAGGGAACAAGUAAUGGGUUAACAACUUACAGCUGUUCUGCAGCAAUGGAAGUAAAUUAAGCCUUGAAAGUUGAUGCUAACAAUUCCUACAGGUGUCCCAACUUUUGUUGAUUACUUACAAACCCUCUGUCUGUAUAAAAACAGUGAUGGAACAGACUGUGUUACUACACCCUCUUAAGCAUUAUUUGGACUGUAUUGUACUGCAGGAAGUAGUAUAUUGCUCUCAUAAUGGCGAGAAAAAGGCAAUUAACAAAGGAAGACAGACAGACCAUUAUAACCCUUAAAAGUGUAGGUCUUUCCUUUAGAGAAAUUGCAAAGAAAGCCAAGGUGUCAGUAAGUAUAGUUUCCUACACCAUCAAAAGGCACUUGGAAACUGGAGGAAACUCUGACAGGAAGAGGUCUGGCAGACCCAAAGCCACAACAGAAUCAGAAGACAAGUUUCUGAGAGUCAACAACUUGCGUGAUAGGCGGCUCACAGGACAACAGCUUCAAGCACAGCUUAACACUGGUCGAAGUAAGCAAGUCUCAGUUUCAACUGUGAAGAGAAGACUUCGAGCUGCAGGUUUGACAGGUCGAGUGGCAGUAAGAAAGCCAUUGCUAAGAUGGCAAAAUAAGAAAAAGAGGCUUGCCUUGGCCAUGAAGCACCGCCAGUGGACUACUGAAGACUGGAAGAAGGUCUUAUGGACCGAUGAAUCAAAAUUUGAAAUCUUCGGUUCAUCACGCAGGGUUUUUGUACGCCGUCGAGUAGGCGAAAGGAUGGUUCCUCGGUGUGUGACACCAACUGUCAAACAUGGAGGAUGAAGCGUGAUGGUCUGGGGCUCUUUUGCUGUAUCCAGAGUCGACGACUUGCACAGAGUGACUGGCACCCUGAACCAAAACUGCUACCACAGCAUUUUGCAGCGCCAUGCAAUACCCUCUGGUAUACGCCUAGUUGGUCAGGGGUUCAUCCUACAGCAAGAUAAUGAUCCAAAACAUACCUCCAGGCUUUGUCAGAACUACCUUAGAAGAACAAGACGGUAGGCUUCAAAUCAUGGAAUGGCCAGCACAGUCUCCAGACUUAAACCCCAUCGAGCUGGUUUGGGAUGAACUGGACAGAAGGGUGAAAGCAAAGCAACCUACAAGUGCAACACAUUUGUGGGAACUUCUGCAACAGUGUUGGGAAGAACUUUCAGAACAAUAUUUGAUUUCCAUUGUAGAAAUAAUGCCACGAGUGUGUUCGGCUGUUAUAUCUGCAAAAGGUGGCUACUUUGAUGAGUCAAAAAUUUAGAUUAAAUUUUGUUAAACAAAACAA